CGCACGCGCCCCCGCCCCGCCUCCGCACGCGCCGCCGCCCCGGGCGCCUGUGAUUGGCAGUCAGCGGGGCCGGCAGGUGGCGGCGGCCGCAGCGGCUUGGGCUGGCUCUGGCUGGCUGCCUGGAGCGGGCGCCUCCCUCGCCGCCGAGCGCCCUCGUCUUGCCCGCGCUGCCGGGCUCCCGCUGUGGCUGCGGCCCCAGCUCGGGCGCACCAGGGAUCUGCAGCCUCGCGAUCGCGCGCUGGGGGCUGCGGCAGGUGACCCGGGGCCACUCGGGGCGCGGUGGCCCUGAGUCUGGCCGCCAUCCAUGAGCCUCGUCGCGGACCUGCUCCAGGCCGGCCACCUCGGAUCUAGUUCUGUCGUCCGUGUUUGACUCUGAUCAUGGGGAGGAAGCUGGACCUGUCCGGUCUGACAGAUGAUGAGACGGAACACGUUCUCCAAGUGGUACAGAGAGACUUCAAUCCGAAAAAGGAGGAGGAACGGCUAAGUGAGAUGAAGCAGAGGCUGGCCGAGGAGAACAGCAAAUGCAGCAUCCUCUCGAAACACCAGAAAUUCGUGGAGCGCUGCUGUAUGCGAUGCUGCUCGCCCUUCACCUUCCUGGUCAACGCCAGGCGCCGCUGUGAGUGCAAAUUCAGCGUCUGCAAGAGCUGUUGCUCCUACCAGAAGCUCGAGAAACUAUGGGUUUGCUGCGUCUGCCAGCAAGCCAGGCUUCUGAGGACGCAGUCUCUGGAAUGGUUCUACAGCAACGUGAAGAGCCGCUUCAAGCGUUUCGGCAGCGCCAAGGUCCUGAAGAACCUGUACAGGAAGCACCGUCUGGAGAGCGGCGCCUGCUUUGACAUCCUAGGAGGAGGAUUGUUUGAAGCAAACGUGGAGAAUGAAGGGAGCAUCUCAGGCAGUGACUCCGCGUUCUACAGGCAGUUGGAAGGACACAGCAUGAUGGACACCUUGGCUGUCGCCCUACGAGUGGCAGAAGAAGCCAUUGAGGAAGCUAUUUCCAAAGCAGAAUCCCACGGGGACAGCCUGGACAAACAGAAUGAGGCCAGCUACCUGCGGGACCACAAGGAAGAGCUGACUGAGGAACUGGCUACCACCAUCCUGCAGAGGAUUAUAAGGAAGCAGAAGAGCAAAGCUGAGCCACAAGCAGAGGAAGAGGGGCCAGAGUGGCCACGGCCCCAGAGUGGCGGUGCGAAGGCCGAGGGUGAGGAGACCACGGCCCCUCCAGGACAACACCGAGCACGCGCCACCCUCUGGCGUUCCCAGUCUGCAUUCUCCUUCACUACAGAAGAUGCUCUGAAGACCUGCUCAGCAGAGGCUGCACCAAGGCGGCCCAGGGACCGUGGCCAGCGUCUGCGGGAGGAGUCUGCUCUGCCCAGCUGGAAGAGCUUGGACGAACUGGACGGAACAAAUCUGGCCCCCGUUUUGCAGAGUCCUGAUGGGAACUGGAUGGCCUUGAAGGACGAUGGUAUACGGCCCCCAAACCGCCUGCUGGCCAAACCGAAGAGUAGGACCUUUCAGGCCCUGGAGGUGGCGUCCAGUGUGACAUCUGCCUAUGAUGAGAUAGGUUCUGACAGCGAGGAAGACUUUGACUAUAGUGAGGUCUUGAGUAAGCUGCGCCCACUGUCCCAGAGCAGGCCCAAGCAAUCCCAGCCUCAGCCUGCACAGCCUCAGUGUCCUGGCCAAGGUCCCUUAGCCACCACUCCCUCCAACCCUGAAGCCAUGGGCUCCGAUUCAGAGACUUCCUCCACUGGCUCAUCUCGGGAAGCUGGACGCCGGGCUAGGCUGUCCUGGCUGCAGAGGAAGGUCCCCAAGAACCCCACAGCGGAGAAGAUACGCCUCCAGGGAGAGCUGGAUGUAAAUUUCAACCCCCAGACAGCCAGUGGAGAGACCUCUGACAGCAGUGAUCCGGAAGAGGCCCUCCACACUGCAGAACGCAGGGCCAGGCGGUGGAGAAGGGCCCGAGGGGACCCAGAGGAGCCAAACAGAGGGCUGUCUUCACCUGGUGCCCAUCCGCAGGGUCUGCACACACCUCAGGUGUCAGACAACGUGUCAGAGACAGACGUCAGCACCGAGGCUCAGAAUUCCCGGACCAGCACAGACUCGGCAGAGGAGAAGCUGAGAAACAGAUUGUACGAAUUAGCCAUGAAAAUGAGCGAAAAGGAGACUUCUUCUGGGGAGGACCAGGAGUCCGAGCCCAAGACUGAACCCAAGAACCCGAAGGAAAGCCUCUCUUGUGAGGAGAAUCAGGGUGUCCAAGAGGAGCUAAAGAAGAAGUGUUCUGCUGUUUCUCUCUGCAACAUCUCCACAGAAGUCCUGAAGGUCAUCAAUGCUACCGAGGAGCUGAUUGCAGAGUCUGCAGGGCCCUGGGAGAUCCCCCCAGUACCAACUGACAGAGACAUGGGGAUGUUUCCUCUUGGGACAGACCAAGUGAGACUGGACAAGCAGCUGACUUCCUUGGAAGAAAACGUGUAUCUGGCGGCGGGCACGGUGUACGGGCUGGAGGGACAGCUGAGCGAGCUGGAAGACGCUGCCCGCAGCAUCCACAGCAGCACAGGCGAGACGGAGCUGGCAGACCUGGAGGACCAGGUGGCUGCAGCUGCCGCACAGGUGCACCAUGCUGAGCUCCAGAUUUCUGACAUCGAGAGCCGGAUUUCAGCCCUGACCAUCGCUGGCUUGAACAUAGCACCCUGUGUGCGUCUCACAAGACGACGGGAUCAGAAGCAGAGGAGUCAGGUACAAACGAUAGACACAUCGAGGCAGCAGAGGAGGAAACUGCCUGCUCCUCCUGUGAAAGCUGAAAAAAUGGAAGCAUCCGCUGUGGCCGCCGUGAGAACAUUUAACCGUAACUUCCUUCUACAAGGCUUCUCCACAAGCAGGCCCUCGGAAAGCGAAGGUGGUACCAAGGACUUGAUGGAGCCUGUUCUGGAGUCGGCUGUGAUGUACUAACCUCGGAACUCCACAGCCAGUGACCCACUGCCUCCGGCCGUACACGACAGUGCCUUGACCCAACAGCCAUCGAGUACUGUGUGGAUUUCCAGUGAGGCGAGGGCCUGGGGAGGCCCCAGUGCACUGCGGCACAGGGCUGCCUUGAUACCUCACCCAGAAGGCCAUCUCAGUCUGCAACGCUGAGGUCUCGCCCACUCUCUGCCUUAGGCUCCCAGGGGAAUCUGAGACCGAAUAUCCAGACGCUGGCUUCCAAUAGCAGAGCUCUGUGUUCAAAAGAUGCAUUGUGCCUGUUUAAUUUGCUCCUGUGUCUUGUCUUCACCAUCUCUGUGUGUUUUAAUCUCUUUUAUCUCCAUCAACAGUUCAUCCAGUGGAAAACUGUUGGAGAGGAGGAGCUUCGGGGAAGGAGGAAGGAGGGGGUUGUUAUCCUUGCUCACUCUUGUUUAUCAUCUCCUAACAGCUGCUAAGAACAGGGGGCACUGGAAACAAUUCCAUUGGGAAAUGCUCAGCCACCUCCAGCGAGGCUCCCAGCCCCCACCCCCAUCACUGUCCUUCUCAUGGCUUAGCAAUCGGCAGUCACAAAAUGAAAAGCUCUGAUCCCCCCGGGCCAUACCCAGGUCUCUUUGAAACCAUGUCUCAUUUUGUAUUUGGGGUUCUUGCAUGGAUUUACUCAGGGGGAGAGGGGCCUAAGCAAUGUCAUUAUUAGUCUAACUUUCAGGACACUGUUCAGCGUCAGUGUGAUGUGGCUUGGUCAUGACUGACAUUGAAAUGAGAUUUGGGUAAAUGAACUAUUGCAAAAUAGAACUACACAAGGAAAGUGCUCUAUUCUCCGAAAUACGUUUCCCACCGGGUUCAGCGAGAUUCACGUUCAACAGCAAUGGUGGAGGUGGUUAGGAAACCACCUUAGAGAAAAGUAGUGUGAACUGUGAGGGAAGCAAGAGGUGAUCCUGGCGCACAUUCACGGUCUGUUCCGGGGAGAGGCUGGCCUAAACGCAUGAGGGUCCGAAGUGUAGUGGAACUUAACACUCUGCUGCACUCACUGGGUACUUGUAGCCUGUUUUUAAUGUUGGCUUCCAGGAUAUUCUGAAUCAUGGAGUAUGGUGGGGUUGGGGGCCAAAGGAGGGAUUGUGAGGCGGUGAGCAGGGCAAUGAGUGACCAUUAGGUGCUGGCUCUGGAGAAGACAAUGUUCUCAAUUUUGUCUAGUGUCCCUCUCUGGUAGGCAUAUGGGUUUUCCAGAAUCCAAACCCAGGGUCAGACCACUGAACUUGCUGAAGCCAUAUGUGUGAGCUGGUUCUAACUGGAAUGCCCCUGUCCCCCAAAAGUCCAGCUCUGUUUUCACCCCCAUGUUCUUGUGUGCAUCCCCAGGCUUGAUUUAACUGCCAUCCCUGCACUGUGCGUGUGCCAUUACUGCUGAUGGGGGUCCUCGUAUUUCCAUAAUGCUCCUGCUGCUGUAUGUAUCUCCCCAGAGAAAGGACUCCAUGGAAAUAGUAAACCUUUGGCAUUUUAUCCUGUGGGUGUGGUUCACACUAAAACAAAAUGAAAACACAACAAAAAGAUCUGACUUCCAAACAGGAUGUUUUUCUUAGGAGGCAUGAGACUGCCUUUGUGCUAACAGUGUUCAAAUACUCAGUUUUCUUUUGAAAAAAAAAAAAAAAAGCGUGUACUCUGUAAGCCUUGCAAAAAAUAAUACUAAUAAUGAAGAAAAAGCCUGUUCUAUGGCAUCUGAACUUUUUUAAAGGUUUCCUUGUGCCAAAUAAGUACAAAGAUUUAAUUUACUAUUUAAACCAUAAACAUGCUAUAGUUCCAGAAAAUUAUUUUGUCAUCCAGUGAUUUUGAUCUUUAGUGUCAAUAUUUAUAUUUAGAUUAAUUUUUAUAAAUGAAAUAUUUUGAUGGUUUAAGAAAAUGAGGACAGAAAGGAUACUAUCUCUGAUGGCCUCUCGGGGUUAUGCCUUCAUGUCUCACACACUCGGCCAAGAAUCACUGUCAAAAGAAACGACCACGACCGAGCAGUAAAAGUCACUUAUGAAAAUCA